ACAAAGCACGCCGUGCCAUGGGGACACACGCUGACAAUGCUGCAGCUAAACCCUGCGCCUGGGAUUUGCAGGCAGCAUCUUCUUCCAUCUAUCUCAUCCCUGGAAGGCUGAGCCAGCAGGGUCUGUGCUGCACUGCUGUGUGCCAUGGCAGUGGGUUGCUGUUUUGGUGAGCUUAGCACAGCACGACAAGGUGCUGUGGUGCUGCCAGGCUGGGUCUACUGUGAGAUGUCAGCUUAGCAGGGUUAGGCAAUGUCUCCAGCCUGCCGGGUACCCCAAAGCCCAUGGCAGAAGCCCACCCACCAUGGUGACCCUGGCAGGAGCCCUUUAAAUGUUGGCAAUAACCACUUCUCCCACUGCCCACAGAUGCUUGGGCUCCUGCCAGUAAUAUCAGCCCGUCCCUCCUUCCCUCCUUCCAGCCCGCCCUCCUCCCAGACUGGGACCAGCAGAGCUAGCAGGGCUGCUGUGGGAGCCACUACAGGGUUCCCAGCACUGCCGCUGCCCCGUGUGCCUGACCGGGUGACCACUGGGCUAGGACAGCCUCCGCCUUGCCACCUGACUGGGUCAGUACGGGAGCAGUGGUGGCUGGAACGCCCCUUUGGGGACUCAGCAAUGCCAGGGCUGCAGCACCAGUUGCAGCAGGGUCGGUGAGUGGGGUGCAUGUGGUGGGAGGCAGCCCCAUGGGGCUUUGUCCACCUGAGAGGCUGAGCCAGCAUGGAGCCAGACAGCGCCGUCCUCAAUGCCUCCGGUAACAGCAGCAGCACCGGCAGUGCCCCACACUCACCUGUGGCCAUGGGGCUCAUCCUACUGGCUGCCCUGGCCAUCCUGCUGGCCACGGUGGUGGGCAACGUGCUGGUGGUGGCAGCUGUCUCCACCAGCCGGGCCCUGCAGGCUCCACAGAACCUCUUCCUCGUGUCCCUGGCAUCGGCAGACAUCCUGGUGGCCAUCCUCGUCCUGCCCUUCUCGCUGGCCAACGAGGUGAUGGGCUACUGGUAUUUCGGUGGCCUGUGGUGCAGCCUGUACCUGGCGCUGGAUGUGCUGCUCUGCACCGCCUCCAUCGGGCACCUCUGCGCCAUCAGCCUCGACCGCUACUGGGCUGUCACCCGGGCAGCCCGGCUCAACCUGCGCCGCAGCCCUGGGCGGGUGAAGGGGAUGAUCGGGGCAGUCUGGGUGGCAGCAGCCGUGGUGGCACUGCCACCACUUCUGUGGGUCCAGCCAGGGGGCCGGGAAUGCCAGCUGAGCCAGGAGACCUGGUACGUGCUGGCCUCCUGCGCCGCCUCCUUCUUCGCCCCUUGCCUCGUCAUGGUUGCCGUCUACUGCCGCAUCUACCACCUGACUGCCCGGCGCACAGCUGCCCUCCUCACCACCCAUGCCCCACGCCCCACUGGCAAGAAGGGGCUGGAGACUGGGAUGCCGAGCCGGCGGCGCCGGAGCCAGCACCAGAGCAUGUCACUGUGCCGGCAGCGACUGGUGCGAGCACGGGAGCGGCGCUUCACCGUCGUGCUGGCUGUGGUGAUGGGGGCCUUUGUGCUGUGCUGGUUUCCCUUCUUCUUCACCUACAGCCUAGGGGCCAUCUGCAGGGAGGGCUGCCACAUCUCCAAACCCCUCUUCAGUUUCUUCUUCUGGAUCGGCUACUGCAACAGCAGCCUCAACCCCCUCAUCUACACCCUUUUCAAUCGUGACUUCCGUGCUGCCUUCCGCCGGCUCCUUGCGGUCCCCUGCUGGACUGCACCUAGCACCCCGCCGUGACACCGGGAAUGCGGUGCCCGGCCCUGCUGCGGACCCCAGGCUGCUGUGCCCGUGUGCAUAUCGAGGUACUUUUGAAAAGCGACAUUGAA